AUGCGAAAUAAAAAUAGGGUCGGUCGCCCUUAUUUUGUGCCAACCCUAGCCUACACUCCAGAUUUUGUGCCAACCCUAGCCUACGAUCCAUAUUUUCUGCCAACCCUAGCCUACGCUCCAGAUUUUGUGCCAACCCUAGCCCACACUCCAGAUUUUAGCCUACACUCCAGAUUUUGUGCCAACCCUAGCCUACACUCCAGAUUUUGUGCCAACCCUAGCCUACACUCCAGAUUUUGUGCCAACCCUAGCCUACAAUCCAUAUUUUGUGCCAACCCUAGCCUACACUCCAGAUUUUGUGCCAACCCUAGCCCACCCUCCAAAUUUUGUGCCAACCCUAGCUCACACUCCAGAUUUUGUGCCAACCCUAGCCUACACUCCAGAUUUGGUGCCAACCCUAGCCUACGAUCCAUAUUUUGUGCCACCCCUAGCCUACACUCCAGAUUUUGUGCCACCCCUAGCCUACACUCCAGAUUUUGUGCCACCCCUAGCCUACACUCCAGAUUUUGUGCCAACCCUAGCCAACACUCCAGAUUUUGUGCCAACCCUAGCCUACACUCAAGAUUUUGUGCCAACCCUAGCCUACACUUCAGACUUUGUGCCAACCCUAGCCUACACUCCAGAUUUUGUGCCAACUCUAGCCUACACCCCAUUUUUGUGCCAACCCUGGCCCACACUCCAGAUUUUGUGCCAACCCUAGCCUACGAUCCAUAUUUUGUGCCACCCCUAGCCUACACUCCAGAUUUUGUGCCAACCUUAGCCUGCGAUCCAUAUUUUGUGCCAACCCUAGCCUACACUCCAGAUUGUGUGCCAACCCUAGCCUACCCUCCAGAUUUUGUGCCAACCCUAGCCUCCACUCCAGAUUUUGUGCCAACCCUAGCCCACACUGCUGAUUUUGUGCCAACCAUAGCCUACACUCCAGAUUUUGUGCCAACCCUAGCCAACACUCCAGAUUUUGUGCCAACCCUAGCCUACACUCAAGAUUUUGUGCCAACCCUAGCCUACACUUCAGACUUUGUGCCAACCCUAGCCUACACUCCAGAUUUUGUGCCAACUCUAGCCUACACCCCAUUUUUGUGCCAACCCUGGCCCACACUCCAGAUUUUGUGCCAACCCUAG